AUGAAGAUACCGCGAAGGCUGGAUUUGCUCAAAGAAUGCCCCCCAAGUCCACCAGCCGACGGAUCCCACCCUCCCUACAUAAUCGACGAUGUUCUACAAAAUUUGGUCCGGGAUGCACCUGAUGAGCUCCUUGUGGGCUACCCAAAGACUGCACAUGGAGUCACCGAUUAUGAAUAUUAUACCCCCCGUGAUCUGGACAGGUUCGCCAAUGGCGCUGUCAAGGAGUACAAGGAGGCCGGGGUUGAAGAGCUCUCCAAUUUGACUGAGAACCACGUCAUCGCCAUCCUCGGGCCCUCGAACCUAGACUACAUCGUGUCACUUUUCGCAUUGUCUCGGAUGGGAUACAGUAUUCUGCUCCUUUCCACCCGUCUCAGCACCGAGGCAUAUGCCAACCUUCUCGCUCUGACAAACUGUACCAAUAUUGUAUACGCCCCAAGCAACAAAAAGGCGGUCGAACAGUUGGUUGAGCAUUCACCUGCAUCCACAUUUCUAAUCUCGGAAUUCGUAAACUACUCAAAGGAGCAACCCGUUAUAGCCUCACAAGCACGUGGAACACUGGAGGCUUCCCAUCGAUGGGCUUUUAUUAUCCAUUCUUCUGGCUCUACUGGUCUUCCGAAACCGAUCUUCCAAACCCACGGGGCUUGCAUUUCCAACUACAGCACAAGCAAGGGCUAUCGAGCUCUGCUCACCCUUCCACUCUUCCACAACCAUGGUCUCUCUACUUUCUUCCGUUCACUUUUCAAAAGAAAGAGAAUUUGUAUUUACAACGCCAAUCUUCCGCUAACAGGGAAGAAUAUUAUCGAGACAAUGAAAGUCACGGCCCCAGAGAGCUUUCACGGUGUCCCUUACGUCUUGAAACUUUUGAGUGAAACGGACGAGGGCAUCAAUGAAUUAGCGAAAUGUGAGCAAGUUCUCUUCGGAGGCAGCAGCUGUCCCGAUACUCUUGGUGAUCUGCUAGUAAAUGCUGGCGUCCGACUGAUCAGUCACUACGGAGCUACCGAGCUCGGUCAAUUGAUGACGUCGGCGCGAGGCCCCGAAGACAAGGCUUGGAACUAUCUUCGGCCAUUGGAAAAGGUGAAGCCCUUCUUGAAAUGGAAGCUUCACGAAAAUGAUUCCUAUGAGUGUGUAGUGCUCGAUGGGCUGCAAUCCAAAGUCGCCUCCAAUUCUGACGAUCCUCCAAAAUCUUUCCACAGCCGUGACACAUUUCUGAAACAUCCCUCAAUUCCCGAUGCAUGGAAGUACCUGGGGCGAAUUGAUGACAGAAUCACUCUGGUAAAUGGAGAGAAAGUUCUACCUGUACCGAUUGAACAUCGUAUCCGGCAAAACAUAUUUGUCAAGGAUAACCUCGUGUUCGGGGUUUCGAAGCCACUGCCUGGGUUGAUUGUGGUACCCAGUAUCGAAUCUGAGAGUCUGUCAUCUGAGGUGAUUCUGGAUCGCAUCUGGCUUGACAUUGCGGCAGCCAACCAAAAUGCCGAAGCUUUCAGUCAAAUCUCGCGCAAUAUGGUCAUUAUCCUGGAUCACGGGUGCUCUUACCCAAUGACUGACAAGGGAACCAUGAUCCGCAACAGGUGCUAUGUGGAGUUCAAUGAUCUGAUUGAGGCCGCGUACGCACGUCUAGAGAAUGGCGAUUGUAACAACGAGCAUCGUCGCGUUUUGGAGUUACCCCAAUUGAAAGACUUUGUGUUGAAUGUCUUCAGGAAAGAUCUCGGCUUCCCAAAUAUCUCGAUGGAUAGUGAUCUCUUUGAGGCUGGUGUCGAUAGCCUACAGGCAAUCAAAGCGCGUGGCAUUCUGCAGUCUGAAAUUGACAUUGGAGCUUCGUCUCUGGCUCACAAUGUUGUCUUUGACUGCGGGACUGUUGAAAGAUUAGCCAUGCAUUUGCAUGCGCUACGUACGGGAGAAGGGAGUGCUUCCGUUACCGAGGACGAAUUGCAAGCAAUGUCUCAAAUGAUCACGCAAUAUUCGACAUUUCUCAAUCGACCACCCAGUGAUCGAGUUGUGAUUCUCACAGGUACCACCGGCUCCUUGGGUGUUUACAUCCUCUCAAAAUUAUUACAGGAUCCUUUACGCAUUAGAUCGCGUGCUGUCGAGUCUAUCCUCAAGAGCCCUCCCCAUCGUGAACGCGUGAUUGCUGCAUUCCCUUCAAUCCUUGGGCAGGAAGAUCUAGGUCUUCCAUCGGCGACCAUCGACGAACUGCGCAGUUCCCUGACACAUGUGGUUCAUGCAGCCUGGGCUGUCAAUUUCACCUUGGGUGUUCGCAGUUUUGAGCAACAACACAUCAAGGGCAUUCAGAAGAUGAUCAAUCUAUGUCUAUCGAGUCGCAAAUCUUCUCCCGCGGAGUUUUACUUCUGCUCUUCGAUCUCUGCAGCAGCCGCUACACCCCUUCCAGCUAAUAUCGCUGAAGGCCCCAUCCCUGAGCUCGAACAUGCCCAAAACAUGGGCUACGCCCGGUCCAAGCUUGUGGCUGAGCGAAUCGUUCAUGCAGCUGCCAAAAAUACCGGGAUGGUUGCCAAAGUUCUCAGAAUUGGACAAAUUGUUGGAGACACUACGACUGGUUAUUGGAAUCCAACCGAAGCAAUUCCACUAAUGCUCCAGAAUGCUAAGACAUUGAGGGCAUUGCCAGCGUUAGAUGAGACUCCCUCAUGGCUUCCAGUUGAUGUGGUUGCGAACGCCGUGUUGGAACUCACUGGGAUCUUCCCCAAUGAGAAAGCCAAGUCUUUUGCUCACGACCCCAACGUGGUUUAUCAUCUUCAGAACUCCACCACUUUCCGAUGGACUGAGGAUCUACUACCCGCUCUACAAAGGGCAGGCUUACAGUUUGAGAUCCUUCACAAGCGAGAAUGGGUCCAGCGUCUACGUGAAUCCGAGCAAGAUCCUCUGAGGAACCCAACGAUAAAGUUGCUGGACUUUUUCACUGACAAAUAUGAUAAUGAUGCACCUGGUCGAUCAGGACUAUCAUUUGCCAUGGAGAAGACAGAAUCAGCUAGUCCCUCGCUGAGCGGUGGGGUGGAAUUGAUUGAUGCUGGCUUGAUCAAGAGAUUCGUGGAUUCAUGGGCAUCGCGAUGGUGA